AUGGACGCCUCUGCUCAAGAUCAUCUCUCCGAUAAAGAGAACGAGGCACAUGAAGAUGAUUCUCACCAAUUGCCACCUACCAACUCGCAAUUUGUGGCUGAUCAUUCGACAAAUAUCCCACAAACCUCACACUCAGCCCAACUACAAACUCCCAACCAAUUUUCAGGGCCAGAAACUGCCGACGCAGAAACUGUUCCCCAAAUUGACGUGGAGAGUACUGAUGUUGUCAAUGAUGCCACCAAUGACGCGUCCAGCGUCCCCGAUGAGGCCUCUGACGCAAUGGACCAAGAUCCAAACACUUCCAUGACUCUACACCCCGCCAGCUCAGGCCAGCAGUUUACCACACCCCUGAAACUGCUCCCACCCCUCAAGGAUAUCGAACCUAUCACGACACCGAAGAGCUUUAGCGUGGCGAAGGACACCAUGACUCAGAAUGUGAACAGUUCUCCAGUUGAACAGCCACGCAGCACGCAGCUCCAGAAUUUAGCAGAAGCAGAGGAGGAUGCGUUCGACUCGGUAGCCAACGAUACAUUUGCAAGCACUGCAGAGCCGGAAAUCCGCAAGGAAAGUGCAUCGGCUUCGAGAGCCGCAGAAUUACAUGCUGGUGCCACUUUUAUUGGCGUCGACCCAUCUGAACUUGUGGCUGUGGGCAGCGAUGUGGUAGCUAAGAUUGCAUACAGAGCUCAACAGUAUCAGGGCGUUCUGUCGGAGCUCUCGUUUUUCAAGUUGAACCAAGAGCUGAUCAAUCAGGUGGAACAGAAGAAGUUCGAGACUCUCCUGAAACGUGUGGAGAAAUUGUCUGCAGCCAAUGAGACUCUCACAUCGCAGAAUGAGACUCUCUCUUCUGAGGUUAGUCGCAAAGAUGAUCUUGUAACGAGUUUGCAGAACCGUUUGUCUUUGCUCAAUGACAAGUUGUAUAAACUCGAAUCUAGCACCAAGGAAUCCGACGCUUCUAACAACGAAAUUCUCCGAACAAAAGAUUUGGAGCUUUUCAGGGUCAACGAGUCUCUCAACAAGCUUACAAAGUCCAAUGUGGAAUGUGAGCAGCGUUUGAGCGAACUUACCAAAGAACUCAAUGAAGUUACCAAUGAAAAAUUCACUUAUAAACUCAAUUUGAGCAAAGUUACCAACGAGCUUUCGUAUAUUAAAAACCAGAAGGAUUGGUACGAACAGGAAUUGAAGAAUAUUCAGGAAAAGUAUACCGAAUUGAUCAAGAAGCACGAUUCGACAUAUUUGCAAGAUUCCAACAAAAUCUCGUCGUUGCGUUCCCAGACCGAAACCUUAACUUCUUUAAGAGAUUCCUUGCAAAAUCAAGUCAAGACCUUGGAAGCAAACUUAGAGAAGGAACGCACCAGAGCUUCGGAUUUGGAAUCGAAGUUGGAGGUGCAGACCAUUAAAUAUUCAAGAGAAUCAAGCGCCAAAGAUGACUUGGUUGAGCUUUUGAACGUCCAACUAGGAGAAAGAAGUGGGAGAAUCACCCAGCUUGAGGAAUAUGCAGAAGAGUUACAGUCCUCUUCUGCUGAAUCCAUUGAGGCCUUACACAAGGAUAUUGCCGGAAAGGAAGAGAAAAUCAUCAUCUUGGAAGAACGUCUCAGACGUACAGAAGAAGCCUUAGAUUCAGAAUUACACAAGGAAACGAAGCUUCCAAGACUAUCGCAAUCGGCCGAGCUCAUUAUGCAAACCAGCCCUCUGGGUAUCUCAUUGUCAACAUUGUAUACUGAGUUCAACCAUAUCAAGAAAGAGCUUGCUUUGGAAAGGUCCCAGAAGGAGAAAUUGGCUGUUCAAUUGCAACAUUUUGUUUCGGAACUCGAAUCCAAGAAACCAGCUAUUACCAAUUACAGAAACCAAAUACAGUUCUACGAGCAGUCUAUGAAAGACAUGCUAGGAAAGCUCGAAUCGGUGCGCCUUGAUAAAGUUGAAAGUGAAAAGGAGGCCAACAGGUUGAGAACCAGAUUGGCUUCCUACGAAACAGAACUCAUGUCCAUGAAGCAAUUGUCAAAAGAUCUCGGCAGACAGUUGUGCUACUAUUUGAUCCAUUCGAAGAUCAGAGAAACUAAUGAGGAUCCGUUGACUUCAAAUGAGAAGAGGGUAAUUGACCUGAUCUUAUCGAGGAGCGGAAAUAGAGACGGAGUUAUCGAAACGGAUACAGAUAAACUCAUCUCUGAGAGAUUGGUUAACUUCGCCAGUGUUAUCGAGAUGCAGCAUAAAAAUGAGGAAUUGCUUUUAUCUGUGCGCCUGUUGGGUAAGCAGCUUGAAGAAAGAGAACACGAAACAAAUGGAUUUGAAGCUGCCGCAGUCGAAGAAGCUAGGGAAGCAAUUUUAACUUUGCAGGGGGAAUUGGACAGUGUGACGCUCAAACUCAGUGCAGUCACCAAGGAAAGAGAUCUUUUGAAGUCGCUUAAUGGAAAUGAGACCGGAGCCGAUGCUUCGGGUGCUGACUUAUCCAUUCUCAACUCAUCAAACAAGGAAUUAAAAGCCAGAAUAACUGAGACCGAGAAAGCCAUGAGAGAACUUCAAUCACAGACCGCGAAGAAGAUCGGUAAAGUCAACGAAAAAUUGACCGAGGCUAACAACACAAAGGAAGAAUUGCAGCUCAAACUUUCAUCAGUCAAGCAUUCCGUGGAAUUGUCAGAAAGCAGACUUGAAAAUUCUAAAAAGUUGCUUGAAAACGUGAGAGCCGACCUUGACUACUUCAGAAAAGAGGCAACUUUUUGGAAGGAGCAGGCCUCUAAACAGGAAAGUCUCUUGGUGAAGAAGUCCAACGAGUUGCGUGAUGCUGAGAAGAACUUGAUUGACGCCGCUUCGGCUACUAAGAAUUUGGCCACGGAGAAAGAAGUUUGGACUUCUUUGCACCUGACUUUGAAAGACGAGAUUCUUCAUUUGAAGAAAGACAAAGAGCAUCUUAAUACCUUUGUGUUCAAUUUGCAAUCUCUUAUCAAGGAAAGAGAAUCCGCCUCCUUGGACUUGUCUAAUAAGUUGUCGGAGAGUGUUCAGAAUUAUCAGGCGUUGCAGCAGAAGAUUUCGGAGAAGGAAGAGCGUAUUCUGAUCUUAGCCAACCAAUCUGAAUUGGCAUUGAAGGCACAGAACGUAAAGCUUGAACAGGUUAAUGAGUUAAGUCAGAAACUUUUAGAUGCUAAGUCAAAACUUGCAGAAAAGCAAUCCCUCAUUGACAGUCUUAGGAGAAAACUUACAGAAUCAGUACCUGCUGAUCAUCGUCCAAGGCAAUCUUCCACAAUUUUGCAUGCUGACAACGAUGCUACUAUUCUUCCUUCCGAGUACGAAGAUAUAAAGAAUGAUUUGAAGAUCGCAGAAUCCCAGGUCACUGAAUUUAGUAAUAUCGCAAAGGCUGCAGAAGAUGCUCUCAUGAAAGCUACGGAAUCAUUUGACAAGUUCAAGGUUUCCUCUGACGAAAAAAUUCAUGAUCUUAUUUCCGAGCGUGAUGACUUAACUUCUGAAGUCACAACUUACAAGAAGAACGUGGAAGACCUUCAAUCACAGUUGUAUUCGACUGAAAACAAGUAUAUGAAUGAAGUUCAGGAACUUAAAUCGAAGGUCCACGAGUUCUCCUUGAAAGCUAGCUCUUAUGAUACUCUCCAAUCAGAUUUUGAAACUAAGAUUGCCACAAUCAACAGCGAUUUGCAAUCCCAAAUUAACAUCAACACUGAGCUUGAUGGUAAUUACAAGUCCAAGUUGAAGGAGAUUGAACAAUUGACUGCUCAAAUCACAGAUGAGAAGAGAAUCAACGAUGAUUUGAGAAGCAAGGUACAUGACGUAACAUCAAAGCUUCAAAAUGUGGAUGCAGAGUUGAAGGCUAAAGAGGAAAUCAUAUCUGAACAACAAGCAGGAAGUCAGGAGGAAUUGGCAGCUGCAAAAAUGAAGAUCAAGGAUUUGGAGUACCAAUAUAACCUCGCACUCAAUCAAAUUGAAUUGAACACUGGUGGCGCUCCAUCAGUUGACUCUGAAGGAUCUGAUGAUUUGAAGCAAGUGGUUCUGUAUUUGAGACGUGAAAAAGAUAAUGCAGAAGCCAAGGUUAUUAGCCUCGUUGACGAACAAUCCAGAUUGAAGUCUCAGCUCAAUAACUUGACUUCCGAAUUGAACGCUUCAAGAAGUCAGGUGUCCCGAAUGCAGACAAUGAAGUUGCAAUUGGACGAUGCCACAAAGGACCACGAACGCUUGAAGGAGCAACUUGAACAGUUGAACAUCUUACGUGAAAGCAAUACGACUUUGAGAAAUGAAAAUAAGGUCACUUUAGAGCAGGUUACAAAGUUGCGAGCUGAAAUUGAAAAGCUCAAAAACCAAGCUCCAGUUACUGUCAAUGCAGAUGAUACUGAGGUGGCAGUGCAAUUGCAAGAACUCCAACUUUUGAAAGAAGAGAAUGAGCGCUUGAAGACUCAACUCACCAAUAAUGACGAGGUGAAGAAUUUGUUGCAGAGAUUUGAGAACUUGAAGAACGAGUUUAAGACCAAACUUACGGGUCACAGGAACAAGAACAAGGAGCUAGAGAAGCAACUCAAUGAAACAAAGACGUCUCUCGAAGAAGCACAGAAGCUAGCCACUAGCAACGCAUCUCAAAAGGCCAACGAAGAUAAGAAUUUAGCUGAGGAGAUUAAUAGGUUGAAGGCAACUUUCGCGACCGAAAAACAAGCUCUUACUGAUACGUUGAAAAAGCAGUAUGAUGAAAGUCUACAUAAGGAACUCGAGGCAGCCAAAGCUAACAACUCCAGCACCUCUUUGGAUGCAAUGAAGAAGCAAGUUGAAAGCGAAUGGAGAUCUAAAUUGGAGGCAUCCAAGAAGGAAAUCGCCGCUAAAUAUGCCAAGGAGCUCGAUUCCAAGGUCCAGCAAAAGGUGAAUGAAAAGCUUGCACUGGCACCGGACAAGAGUAAUAUCGAAAAAGUGAAGAAGUCGCUCACUGAGGAGUACGAGAAGAAGAUAAAGAAUCUCAAAGAGGAAUUUGACAAGAGGUUGGCACAAGAGGUCAAGACUGCGGAAAGUGCCGUCGAUAAGAAAUAUGAGUUCAAACUUCGUGUUUUGAACAGGAAGGUUGAGCGGUUGGAGAAAGACAAACAACCACAGGUCAAGCCAAAUGCUGGUGGCAAUUCCAACACUACCAAUGCAACCACUACAGGCAAUACCAAUGCUAAUGCGAACAGCAGUGUUAAAGCUAAUGCUAAUGCUAAUGUCAAUGCCAAUAUCAAAAAUUCAGGUAUCGGGACUGGUUCUGCACCUAGCGGAUCUGGAAAUCUCCCUACUUUUGCUAGUAACCUGAGCAACACCGGAAGUCCUGGACCGACCAACCCCUCGUUUGGAACUGGUGGAAUUACAAAUGGCACCAACAAGCGGCCACUAGAUGCUACACAAACCACUUCCUCGCAGCCAGACACCAAAAAGGCUAAGGAGUAG